CGUGACCGAAGACUCUGAGAUUUCUUGCAGAACACAAUUCUUGCAGCAGCCUACUCCUUCAAUUUUCCACGUUUCUGGGGGAGGGGCCGGCCCACUCUGGAGCGGGUCCAGACCUAGAUUUCGGUAUAUAUAUGAGAGGGAGAAGUGACAGCCCUGAAGUUGCAGUACACCAGCAGCUAGCCACAUCUCACUCCAGCUAAUUCCAAAGAUUAAUUUCACUCAGCCGCUCGCAAGAUUUCAGCUCUUUCUGUGCUUUUGGAGAACGACUCUGUUCUUGCUCCAAGACCACCAGGACAAGUUUUCAGUUUAUGGGAUUGUUGAGCGACGCAUGGCCUGAAGUUCUUGGCGUCGAAAUCUGCAACCCGAGGACGAAGGACAGCACCAUGGUGAACAGAGUCUCCCCUCCCUGGGAUGAACAGGGGAAGCUCUGCUUCUCCAAGGGCACGCUGAUGCAGUCACUGAGCUUCAAACAUUGGGAAGGAGCAGAGGACGCAGUAGCUUCAUUGGACCAUGGUUCUAGGCUGAGUCGAAUUUACGUCGCCGUCAACGACGACCGGAGGGAUUCAGAAAUGAUUUUCACGGCAUCUUCAAGCCCCAGAGUCUCCUCCAGCCCCAAAUGCGAGCUCGACGCCGCGGCGGUGAAGCUCCAGAAGGUGUACAAGAGCUACCGGACGCGGCGGAACCUCGCCGACUGCGCCGUCGUCGUCGAGGAGCUCUGGUGGAAGGCGCUGGACUUCGCGUCUCUGAAGCACAGCUCUAUCUCGUUCUUCAACGGCGACAAGCCCGAGACGGCGGCGUCGCGGUGGGCACGAGCCAGGACCAGAGCGGCCAAGCUUGGGAAAGGGUUGUCGAAGAAUGGGAAGGCGCAGAAGCUGGCGCUGCAGCACUGGCUCGAAGCUAUUGACCCGAGGCAUCGAUAUGGGCACAAUUUGCAUAUUUACUAUGAUGUCUGGUCCAGGAGUGAGAGUACAGAGCCGUUCUUCUAUUGGUUGGACGUAGGGGACGGCAAAGAAGUAAAUCUCGAGAAAUGCCCUAGGAAUAAACUUCAGAGCCAAUGCAUCAAGUACCUUGGACCAAAAGAGAGGCAAGAGUAUGAAGUUGUAAUGGAGAGUGGAAAACUUGUGUACAAGAAAGAUGGAGUUAUUGUGCACACUUCGGAUGAUUCCAAGUGGAUUUUCGUCCUCAGCACCACCAAGGCACUCUAUGUUGGUCAGAAGAAGAAAGGGUCAUUUCAACACUCUAGUUUUCUGGCCGGUGGAGCCAUAACAUCUGCAGGACGAUUAGUGGUCAAAGAAGGAAUCCUAAAGGCCAUAUGGCCGUACAGCGGUCACUACCUUCCGACCGAAGAGAACUUCAGAGAGUUCAUCCGCUAUCUUGAGGAGAACGACGUCGAUCUCACCGAUGUCAAGAAAUGCCCGAUCGAUAAAUUUGACGAGUACCCCUUGCUGAGCAAGCCUGACGCUCAGCCUGACGCCGCCGUCUCGGACGACACCGACGGAGCAGAUCACAACGCAGAAGGUGCAGCUGCCGAUGAGCAUAUGAGCGAACCCGAGGUCGACGACACUCGGGAAGAUGACGAUGGUCACCGGACAACCGGCGACGGAAACAUGAGUGAAGCAGAGGAGGAUGGCACUGACACCCACACUAACACUGAAACCGAAGAAGAGGCGCAAAGUUCAGAGCAGCAGCAGAAGGAGGAGCUGCCGCUGCCACCGGCGAGUGGUGGUGCCGCUGCUGACUACGGCAAGAACCACCAGACGUGCCGGUGGUCGACGGGCACGGGCCCCCGCAUCCGGUGCGUCCGCGACUACCCGCAGGACCUUCAGUCCAGGGCCCUCGAGCACGUCAACCUCUCGCCGAGGCUUGCCGGCUCGCCGUCGAGGAAGAGGGACCCGGUGCCGUCCCCCCGGCCCAGCCCGGCGAUGAUCCUGUCACCGAGGUUGGCAUCCGUGGGCUUCCAGCCCCCGACGACGGUGUCACUCACGCUCCCCGACUUCAAGAGGAGCAGGUUGCAGUGAACAAUUCUGUUAUUGUUUCAUUGCUUGCCUAGGUGAUUAGAAUUCAGAACAAUAACUAACUGGUCAUCAUGUAUUUCAGACAGACCAGCGAUUUUUUUGCUGCUAGAUUAAUUAGCAGAUUACCUCAAUUUUCUCCAGAGCAUUGUGUACUUGAUUGCACAAUUUCUCAGUUUGUAGAUACCAUUUGUUAUUCUUUUGUUAGAUGUAUGUAUGCAGAUAGUGCAUGUACAUUGUUGAGAAGAAAAGGAAAAACAAAAGGAGGGAGGAAUUAUUUACAUACAAG